GGUCUACCUGUGGAACUUAGUCUCCAACGUCCAAUCUCCUUCACAUAUUCACGUGGUCGAAGAUUUCAAGAUGGCGGCGAGUUUCUUCAACAGACUAGCAGGCCUAGGUUUAGGUGUUGCAGUCGUCGGUGGGGUUGUCAAUUCCGCACUUUUUAAUGUUGAUGGAGGGCAUCGUGCAGUAAUCUUUGACAGAUUUCAGGGUGUCAAACCUGACGUUGUAGGAGAAGGAACUCAUUUCCUCAUUCCUUGGGUUCAAAGGCCGAUCAUUUUUGACAUCAGAACCCGACCAAGGAAUGUCCCUGUGACCACAGGAAGCAAAGAUCUACAGAAUGUUAACAUAACUCUCAGAAUCUUGUACCGACCUCAACCACAGGUCUUGCCCAAGAUCUACAUGAACCUUGGUGAGGACUAUGAUGAAAGAGUCCUCCCUUCAAUCACUACUGAGGUGCUCAAGGCUGUUGUGGCCCAGUUUGAUGCAGGUGAAUUGAUCACCCAGAGAGAAAUGGUGUCUCAAAAAGUCCAAGAGGACCUCACAGAAAGAGCCUCAAGUUUUGGGUUGGUUUUAGAUGACAUUUCCUUGACCCACUUGACAUUUGGAAAAGAGUUCACUGAAGCUGUAGAGUUAAAGCAAGUUGCCCAGCAGGAUGCUGAGAGAGCUCGUUUCCUCGUAGAAAGAGCUGAACAACAAAAGAAAGCAGCAGUGAUAUCGGCAGAGGGAGACGCCAGAGGUGCAGCUCUGCUGGCUCAGGCGUUCAAGGAAGCAGGAGAAGGGUUGGUAGAGUUACGAAAAAUUGAAGCAUCAGAGGAGAUAGCCGAGAGGAUGUCUCGCUCAAGGAAUGUUGCAUACCUACCUGGAGGCCAAAAGAUGUUGCUAAACCUCCCAGUAACCCGCUAAGAUCCUUAGCGAUAACAACUGAACAUUGGGCCAAAGACUAGCGGGGCGCUUUGCUGUUUAUUUGUCCUGCAAAGUGAUGCUUCCCCUGGUAAAAGCCACAACACUGGCGAUUAUAUUUUCAAGUCACUGUGAUUGUCAAAAAUAACGUCCUAUAUCUUCCUAAUAACAGGUUUUAUUAGAAAUGCUAAAACAUAACCUUGAAUUAUGGAUAAGAUUCGUUGAGCACAAGGCGCCUAAAUAAAGCCAGUACCAUGUAA